AUAAAUUCUGCCAUUAGAUCUCCUUGAAGAUCCAUUUGUUUUCCUGGUCUGGUGCAUAAUACCUCUAAAAAUUAUCCCCAAAGGAUUUUAUGUUGGCUUGUCUGCUCUAUGUGUAAUAUCUCUAUGGAUAAGAGUGGUCCAGAUUUUCAAAUGGACCAAAUUCAAAGUUUCAUUUGUGUAGUAGAAAUUCAAAUUAAUUUUUAUUCAAUAUAAUAAUCUUUAUCAUGUGGAAAUCAUCAGUAAUUAAUGCAUCAGACCACAUAUUUCCUGGUUUAGCAUAUCAUGAUCGUAAAAAAGAAUUCUAUGACAUAGGUAAUCAAAUACAAUCUAGUUUACCACUUCAAAUGGCUUUAUACUUCAAUGUACGUUUUCUACCAAUUUGGUUUUUUAUUGGCGUUAUUAGUUUAGAUUAUAAGUACUUUCAAUUAACGGAUGUAUACAAAUUCAUAACAGUUGCAGUAUUCUUACUUAUUUCUGUGCUAGAAUGUACAAGAUUAUAUCUAGGAUAUCUUGGCAAUUUAGAUGAAAAGAUUCCAGAAUUAGCAAGCUUUUGGCUUAUAUCAACAUUAAUACAAUUUCCAUUAGAAUUAUUUAUACUUCUCGAUAGUAGAACUAUGCUUAAUUUUACUGAACAAAUAAUUAACAGUGUAAUGAUAUUUUUUCUUAGUAUAGAGAUUAUUUUUGGUACGAUAGCAUUAAAAAAUUCAGCUUAUCAUCAUGCUAAAAGAUUUUAUAUUGCUCAGUUAUAUGGCAUAGAAGAUAAGUUUAAUUAAAUUUAAUA